GAUAGUGAGCACGCCACCGACAAGAAGGACAAGCUGGACAUUCAGAGCGACACUGCCGCCAAAGGCCAAGAGUCAAAGAGCCGUGGCGAGGGUGGUACUGCCACUCAGCGCAGAGAUGCCAACAACAGCACCGCAAAGGCCAAGCAGGAGAACCCCGAGGCUCCAGAUGUAGUCAUUGGCAUGCAGGAUGAGAGAGGUGGAAAAGGU